GGGUCAAUAAACGAAUAAAAAUUCGCUGGUUAGUGAUUUGAGUACAAGGAACUUGAUCCUCGCUCAGUAUCUGUGAGUCCAUAUGGUGUUCACAGUCCAAAGGGAAGUGUCGCUUGGCCUGCAGCUUCCACACUCAGAAUGGUUUCUGGAAGACUCAUCAAGCUCGUGGUUUUUGAGCUGCUGGAGCUUGCUGCCUUCUCCAUUCCCACUCUGGUGAUUGUGGAACAAUUUGCCAGUGCUUAUCAAGAUGUCACAAAACCAGCUGAGAAAACACAUUAUUGGCUGAUUGUGUCCUGUUCUAUUGCCUAUGUGGCUUUAGUGACUCUACUGAUUUGGGUCCCCGUCAAAGUUCUCUUUUAUAAGAAGCAUCACCUUUACAAAAAAAUUAAAGGAUGGAGACCUGUUAUGUUGAUGUGCGUGGUACUGACCACCCUUCCCAGCUUCAGCUUUUCUAUAGCAGUAACAGAGAUUCAAAAAAGUACUACUAAUGGUUCCACUGCUGUCUUACCUGAUACUUUACCUGACCUGCCAGUCUCCCUGGUUCUGACAUCCCUGAUUGUGGUUGAUAUUAUUGAAAAACUCAGGAUAUAUCCUCUGAGAGGGAGGCAAAGAAGCAACGAGACCGAUCACACUCAAGCCACCACUUUCCGACAGAUAAGAACUGUGACAGACCAAGUGACGCAAAAUGGAGGAAACUCUGAGGCUCCCCAACCAGCAAGGAGGACCCAGGUCUCUUCUCAACCAUCAGCAGUCAGAACACAGGUCCCACCUGUCCCUGAACUGGUGGGACCCCAGGAGCCCUCCUUUCACUCAGGAAUCCUGAGAACCAUGUCUUACCAUGACAUCCGUGCUGAGAUCUUUCUGUGGAGCUUUUUGCUAUGGUCUGACACCAUUGAAAUGGUGCGUGUGGCUGGCCAUCCUUCGGUGUACAAAUCAGGCUGGCUGUACCCAGUCUACAUUUUCAGUUAUAUCUCUCUCCUCCGAAUUAUAGCCACUCCGCAGAACCCACUUCUAAAUUCCCUGGGCAUCCUGCUCCAAGAUAUCCCCUUCAUUUUUGUUCGACUUAGUUUAAUCAUUGCUCUGGGGACCAUCACACCCAUAUUGGGCCUAUGUAAAAAUCUACUAGUGACUCUGUCUUAUGUUUACUUUAAUUACCUCACUAAAUUCAGGGUUUUCUCUACCUUUGAGUUUUAAAUAGAAAAGGUAAUAUAGUCCAACCACUUCAUUAUACAUACUUGUACAUUUGCAUGUUUUUAUCUUGAUCUGAGGUAUAAGUUUUUAUACUGUAUAAAAAAUGCAGAAGACAGUGAGUAAGCCAUUUUAACUAAAAGCUUUGUAUCUUUCCAACUUUUUAAGAAUGCAUACAAGUGGUGCUAAAUCUAAGCAGUUGUGGUCUUUUCAGUUGACUUCCCUGUACCUCUAGCAAUGUUUGUUAGUUUAGUCAUGUCUAUACCACUUUUCCCCCUGCAAAUACUCUUCAAUAAAGCCUUUUGAAAGUUUGAGAACAUAUCUUGCCACUAGCUCCAAAAAUGAAUUUUUUUACCAUUUAUUUAAAUUAGAGAACAUUACAUAAAUUAAUAAAUUUAAUUUCUAGGAAAUAUACAUGAAGUUACUGAAUACUUUUUAGAUUGUACAUUUAACAAAUUGAAAAUUGCAGUUUGGGGGUUAUUCUUUAGACAUGGAAUUAUGUUCUUCAUUCCACUAUGGAAGUGAUAUUUUAUCUGAUUUUUACCAACAGAUCUCUGGUUCACUUUAGAGUUUAACUAUUACUACUACUGGAAUACUAACAAAUAUUGUUUAAUAUAUAGAAGUCUAAGCUCAUUCGUAAUACCUAGAUACUGUUUUAUAGGGCAAACCAUAAGUUGGGGAUGAAGAUUUCAAAAUAAAAGAACACAAAAUUGGGUACUGCAUGAAAAAUACUUAUGAACAAGCCCUAUUUAGGGGGCCAGGUGGUGACACACCUGAUUAGACACACACACUACAGUGUGCAAAGACCCAGGUUCAAGGCCCUGGUCCCCACCUGCAGGGGGAAAGCUUCAGGAGUGGUGGAGCAGUGCUGCAGGUGUCUCUGUCUCUUCCCCUUUCUAUCUCCCCCGCCCCUCUCAAUUUCUGUCUCUAUUCAAUAACAAAUUUUUAAAAAACUUAAUAAAAAUACUUAUGAACAAGCCUUAUUUAAAACUAAAAUUCAGCUUACAAAUAUAAUAGCAAUUGCAUUUGUAUUUUGUGUGAUAUGAUUACUGAAUACCUUUUUAUGUGUUGUGUGUGUCUGAGGCCUCACCAUUGCAGGCUGACUUUUUCAGAUAGAGAGAAACAGUCAGCUACAUAGAGAAAGGGAGAGAAACCACUGCACUGAAGCAUCCAUCACUGCCAUAGCACUACUGUGUUAUAUACUGGGGACUUAAACCUGGGUCGCAAGCAUGGCAAGGCAGGCAUCUUACCAGGUGAGCUAUCUCAGCCUCUGUAUGUCUUGGUGUUAAACAGUUAAGUGUAUAAAUAUGUAACUUGUCCUUAGUGUAUCUCAGAUAUCCACAGUAGAGUGUCUUAUUUGGUAAUAAUUUUCACAUGCUGGAAAUAUUUGAGAGAAACUAAUGUGUACAAAGUAGUGACUACUAUGGCCAAGCUCUUCAAAGAUCUAUGGUGACAAGUUUAAGAAUGGAUAAACUGAACCAAUCUGUCACCUCUGUUCCCCAGAUCUUCUCAAGUCUCCCAACCCCACUUGUUCCAUAUGUUUUAAAAGUUUUCUUUGCACUAUAACAGAUUUAUAUCUGUGGUUGCUCAAAGCUUACUUUCUGGAUUUCUGACUUGGGAGUAGUUCUUCAGCCACUCUAUGUCCUAGUUUCCAAACCUAAGAAAGGAACAUCAGACCUUACAGGAGUUGAAAAGAUUAAAGGAAACAGGACUGUUUCAUCACAUUGACUAGCAAACCAUAUUAACAUGAAAAGUGCUGGAUGUUAAUUUCAAUUAUACUAAAUCCCAGAGUAACAAAUAGCUAAAAUGCUUUGUUUGACUUUCCCUUUUCAUGUCUUUGUCACAGCUUACCUUCUGGGACUGACCACUUAAACCCUGAAUUUAUGAAAGCUAUGUAUAUAAGAUCUUGAAGUUUCCUCAGAGUAUAAGUUUUUAUCAAGUAUUAGUAUAUUCAGAAGUGAGCAAUCUAUUAAAUAUGUGAAUUCAAGUCAAUGUGAGUAUUCAUUCCUUAGUCAGUUGAGGGUCCAGCAGGUGAGUUCUUAUGGAACCCCCAAUUAUAGCACCUUAUCAAACCUCCUACUGUAUAUAUACUUCCACUGAGGUCCUCACUGGUCUUUAUAUGUUUCAAAGGAAUACCUUAGGGUAUCUUAACAAUGCAUCUUUUAAUCUUUACUAAUCCUACAGGGAUUUAUUAUACUUGUAAUUAAAAGAAAACAAUACAAGUAAUUUUGUUUAAAUUAUACUAAAUAGUUUUUAUUAAGAACCUUAAGUCAAAUAGUUAACCUUUAAUAUUCCCAAAUAAGAAAAUAUUUCACACAAACUUAAUAUUAAGGUAGAAUUUAUAGAGUAAGCUAUACUUAUAAAAAUUUAUAUUUAUAAGUAUAAAUAUUAUAUUUAUGAAAAAUAUUGCUUAUCUGAGUUUAUAAUGCAUUUUGUAGGGGCUGGGGAGACAGCAUAAUGGUAAUGUAAAAAGACUUGUAUGCCUGAGGCUCCAAAGUUCCAGGUUUUAGUCCACAGUACCACCAUAAAACAGAGCUGAGUGGUGCUCUGGUAAAAAAAAAAAAAAAGUAAUAUUAACUAAAAUAAAUACAUAAACUAGAAUGUAUUUUGUAACAAAAAUUUAAAAAUGAAUAUGCCUGAUAUUUGGAAAUUGCAACACUUUAUACAAAUAAUGAAGGCACAUAGGCACAUACAAAUAAUGAAGAUUACAUGCAAAAGGGGGAAUAAUUAUUAAAUACCUAACUUAUAGCACUAUAUAUUUAAUCUGUAUACACAUUUUUAAAGUUCAAGACUGAUUUUAAUAGGCAUUCUAGGCUAAUGAAAUAUUGAUAGUUCAAGACUGAUUUUAAUAGGCAAGCUAGGCUAAUGAAAUAUUGAUAGUUCUACACUGUUUGAUUUAAAGUGCUAUUGAAAUUGUGUUGCAUAUCUCAUAUUUUCUGUUUCUAGUAGGACUCAUAUAGCUCUGGUGCCUUUAUGAAAAGUUAAUUUUUCUGCUUUUUGGAAGUAUGCAUGUAAAAAUAUGUAUGUAUUAAAAUUGCUGAUACAGUUUUCCAACUAAUGUUUAGAGGCCAUCUGAUAAUUGUGUCUUCAAGUAAAAUUAGUCAUAGGAAUGAUACAUUAAAAGUCAUUAUGAUGAAACUAUUCUCGUAUAAUUUAAUAAUUUUAAUAAAUGUCUAUACUUAUAAUAGACUUUUACAAUGCCCUUUCUUCCUAAAAGUUAAUGUUUGAAAUUAAAAUGUGGAAAUGUUUUUAUUAAAUUAAAAUUAAAGUGCUGUUUUUCUUAUAUGUAUCCCAUUUUACUGAA